UUGUAUCUAUUCCAUUCACGCUCACACCCACGCGCACCAAUGAAAGAAGUGAGAAUAAUCUGCAGUUCUCCUGUAUCAAAAUGCCAUUUGCUUCGAGUUUUACAUUUUGAAAAUAAUAUGUAGGGAAGACAUUUUAUUGAGGUUAUGUUGUUGGGUAUUUGAUCUUUUAUGGUUUAUUAAAUAUUAGAAAAUGUGUUGUCUAUCAAUGUGAAAUGUUAAAACUGUUACAGAGACUAAUAAAGAAAAAAAUAAAGGAAAAGAGAUAAGAUGCGAAGGACGGAGAAUAUAAUUUUUAAGGAAUUGGAUGUGAAUAAGAAAUUGGGCCACUAAUACAAAGAAUUUUUACCACGAUUAAAGCAUAAUAAUGCGUAAGAAUGAGGUUGGGUUUUAGUAUAAGUUUCACUCCUCGGCCUUAUCUUCCCUUCAUUUCUACCAUUCUGAAUCCUUCUUCAUCAUCUUUGUUACUCACUCGACAUUUGUUCUCCAGCUACCGUACUGCCUCAGGGAGGAAGAGUUCAGCUUUGUGUGCCCAGAAUCUUGGUUACAAGAGCGAGCCAGAACUAAGCGAUUCAAUGGAUUUAGGAAAGGAAAUUCAGGAGUUGAAUAGAAAUCUAUACUCUGACAUAGAGCCUUACAGUACGGGGUUUCUAAAGGUUUCUGAUAUUCAUACAAUCUAUUGGGAGCAAUCAGGGAAUCCAAAUGGGCAUCCUGUGGUCUUUCUUCAUGGGGGUCCAGGAGGAGGAACAUCCCCGAGUAAUAGAAAAUUCUUUGAUCCUGAAUAUUACCGAAUCGUUUUAUUUGAUCAGCGAGGUGCAGGUAAAAGUACACCCCAUGCUUGCUUGGUAGAAAACACUACUUGGAAUCUCAUUGAUGACAUUGAAAAGCUUAGGGAACACUUGGAAAUUCCAGAGUGGCAGGUCUUUGGCGGUUCUUGGGGAAGUACACUUGCUCUUGCAUAUAGCCAAACACACCCAGAUAAGGUUACUGGCAUGGUCCUUAGAGGAAUUUUCCUCCUGAGAAAGAAAGAGAUUGAUUGGUUUUAUGAAGGUGGUGCUGCUGCUAUAUACCCUGAUGCUUGGGAGCCAUUUAGAGAUCUGAUUCCAGAAAAUGAAAGGGGAUGUUUUGUUGAUGCUUACAGCAAGCGAUUAAACUCCGAAGACUUGGAAACACAAUAUGCAGCUGCUAGAGCAUGGACCAAAUGGGAAAUGAUGACUGCUCAUCUUAUUCCAAAUGAAGAAAACAUCAAGAAAGGGGAUGAUGAUAUUUUUUCAUUGGCAUUUGCGAGGAUUGAAAAUCAUUACUUUUCUAACAGGGGAUUCUUUCCUUCAGAUUCAUUCCUGUUGGAUAACGUUGAUAAGAUCAGGCAUAUAAACACUAUAAUCGUACAGGGAAGAUAUGAUGUGUGCUGUCCUAUGAUGUCAGCCUGGGAUCUUCAUAAAGUGUGGCCAGAGGCAGACUUAAAGGUUGUGCAAGAUGCAGGUCACUCUGCAAAUGAACCUGGAGUAGCUGCAGAACUUGUGGCUGCCAAUGAAAAGCUAAAAAUACAUAACCGAGAACAAUGCACCUUAAAGUGAUCAAAGCGGGAGGAAUUCAAGUGGGUCCACCUACUGCAGCCUCAUAACCGAGAACUUGCUAGAAAAUAUGCAAGUGGGUCCGCCUACUGCAGCCUCAUAAGAGAAUAAAACUGCAAUCCAUGUUCCAUAACAAAUUUGGCAUUGACAAGCUGUAGGUCGCAACAAACAGCUUUGAAGCCGAUGUAUAUCAAAAUGUUGGAUUGCUGUAUCAAGACCUCUGUAUUGUUUUUCUUUAAUACUGCUGAUAUGUUUUUAAUGAAUGACUGUUUUGUUGUUCUUGAACC